CCCGCGCUGUCCUGUGUGCUUGUGCUUGGUUUCUUUUCAUGUCGACAUCCCACCCCCUGACGCUCGUUAGUCUUGUCCUUCGUGAGCUGUGUUGCCGUCCGUCCAAGGGCGUGUAAGCCGUCACCAUGCGGUCCACUCAAGCAAACACGCUCCUGUCUUCGCUUCUCUUCUCUUCUUUCUCGCUCUCGUUUGCUCAACUUAAUGUCCCCACCACCCUGCCGGGCGUGUGGGCCUACCAAGGAUGCUACACAGAUGUCCCCGGCCGGACGAUCAGCGCUGCCAGCUAUACUAGCGGAACUCUCAUGACCAACCAGGCCUGCAUCUCCUUUUGCUCCAACCUCGGCUACCAGUAUGCCGGAACCGAGUACUCGCAGGAGUGCUACUGCGGAAGCAGUCUUGCCGCAGGGGCGGCCACGACGACGGGCUGCAACAUGGCCUGCUCCGGCGAUGCCACCCAGCCUUGCGGAGCCGGAGGCAAGCUCACCCUCUUUUACAGCUCCGCGCCGGUCGGUCCCCAGCCAAAUCCCGGCGUCAACGGAUUCAACUACUUGGGGUGCUACACCGAAGGAACCACGGGCCGUACCCUUACAUACGGAGUAGGCUCCAUCCCGGGCAACACCAUGACUGUCGCUCUCUGCACUGCGGCUUGCCACACCGCCGGCUACAUCCUCGCCGGUGUGGAGUACGGUGGCGAGUGCUAUUGUGGCAAUACCAUUGCGAACGGCGGCCACACCGAUACUUCGGGCUGCAAUAUGCUCUGCAACGGCAACAACACCGAGAUAUGCGGCGGUGGUGGCCAUCUUAAUGUAUACAACUAUCUCAACACGUACCAGGUCUCGACAUCGUCGUCCAGCUCGAGCACCAGCAGCACCAGCGGCGGCUCUGUCAGCACGACUAGCGGCUCUGCUUCGUCGUCCUCGUCCGCGCCCGUCCCCACUGGGCCAGUUCAGCCAGCCUCAGUUGGCAACUAUGUGUGGUACGGAUGCCGGACUGAAGCUACGGGUAUGCGUGCUCUGAGCAGCGCCACCACUGCCUCGGACACGAUGACGCUCGAGACGUGUCGUACCUUUUGCUCGGCCUACAACUAUUUCGGAGUCGAGUACGCCCGAGAAUGCUACUGCGGCAACACGUUCAAUGCCGGUUCUGUUGCAGCGCCUGCCACCGACUGCAGCUUCCUUUGCAUGGGCAAUGCGCUUGAGUACUGCGGUGCCGGCAACCGUCUUUCGGUCUACGUCAAGGACACCGCGGCGCCUAGCGGGUCGUCAUCGGUCGGCGUGUCGAGCACAUCUAGCUCGAGCGUGGCUUCUUCCUCGGCCCCUACAGUCUCUGGUCUCCCUACCGGGUGGAGUUCCCAAGGAUGCUGGAUCGAUGGUGCUCAUGGCCGUAUUCUCUCUUACCAGUCCCCUGAUAGCCAGGCAAACUCUCAGACAGCUUGUGCCACCUUAUGCAAGAACGCAGGCUACAGCAUUUCUGGAGUCGAGUAUUCCGUCCAGUGCUUCUGCGGCAACUCUAUCCUCAAUGGCGGCGUCCAGACUGCCAUCACAGACUGCAGCAAUACCUGCCCUGGUAACGCGGCCCAGAAGUGCGGCGCCGGCGACAGGAUGAACAUUGUGUCAAACGGCCCGCCUGAUAUAUUUGCCGCUCCAGCACCCCAGCUUCGCGGCCUGAGUGGCUCGUGGACAUACCAGGGAUGCGUCCAGGACAACGUGAACCAGAAGCGCACCUUCUUCUGGCAGCUCUUCUUCCCCAACAUCAUGACCCCCAACAUGUGCCUGAGCCGGUGCGCCCAGUACGGAUACAUGGCGGCCGGUCUCGAAUACGGCCAGGAGUGCUACUGCGGUGACCCGGCCAACAUUGCCACGAGCGGCGCUACCUUCCUCCCCGAGGCCCAGUGCGAUGUCAUCUGUGCCGGCAACGCCUCGGCCAUCUGUGGCGGCGGCGGCAAACUGACGACGUACUUCUGGACCGGCACUCCGCUCUACUCGUGGACCUUCCCUCAAGACUACCGAGCCGGACAGUACCAGCCCCUUAUUACCGGUCUUACCAUCCCGCUCAUCAGCGUGCAGGCAAUCAACGGCAAGGUCAACUUCCUGUCUAAAUGGGGCACCGGCCCCGGGGGCGAGACGGGCGCUUACGAACUGGAUCUUAGCCAAGUCGGCAAUCCCGCUGCCGCUUGGCGCACGCUCCACGUCAAGACCGACAUCUUCUGCGCCGCUGGCUUGGUUCUGCCUGACAAGGCAGGCCGUCUGCUGACUGUAGGAGGCUGGUCUGGACAGUCAACCUAUGGCACUCGACUAUACUGGCCCGAUGGCGGACCCGGUGUUCCGGGCACCCACGACUGGCAGGAGAACUACGACGAGCUUCAUUUGCAGGCUGGCCGCUGGUACCCGAGUGCCAUGAUCAUGGCCAAUGGUUCCAUCAUGGUUAUCGGCGGCGAGGAGGGGUCGAAUGCUGCCGCCACCCCUUCGAUUGAGCUCCUGCCUGCCACUGGCGGCGGCGCCAUCUACAUGGACUGGCUCGAACGCACCAACCCCAAUAACCUAUAUCCCUUCAUUUGCGUCUUACCCAGUGGUGGUAUCUUUGUUGCCUACUACAACGAAGCGAGGAUUCUCGACGAGACGACGUUUGCCACCAUCAAGACGCUGCCAAACGCCCCUGGCUCCGUCAACGACGAUGCUGCUGGUCGCACAUACCCGCUCGAGGGUGCUGCCGUCCUCCUCCCCCAGAAGUAUCCCUAUACUGCACACCUGGGUAUCUUGAUCUGCGGCGGCUCCAACAAUGGCCCUGCCAACGCUCUGGACAACUGCGUAACCACCUAUCCUGAGGACGCCAACCCGACGUGGACCCUCGAGCGCAUGCCGUCCUUCCGUGUUAUGCCUUGCAUGGCCCCUCUGCCAGAUGGAACCUACUUCGUGGCUAACGGCGCUUUCCACGGCGUUGCUGGCUUCGGCCUCGCCACGGGUCCCAACCUGAACGCUCUUCUCUACGACCCCACCAAGCCGGUCGGCUCGCGCUUCACCGUCAUGGCCAACACGACCAUUGCUCGCCUGUACCACAGCGAGGCCAUCACGCUUCUCGAUGGUCGCGUGCUAAUUUCAGGCUCCAACCCUGAAGACGGCGUCAACCCCGAGGAGUACCGCAUCGAGGUCUUCGUUCCGCCAUAUCUUCUCAACGGCCUGCCCCGGCCCACGUUCGCCAUUACCAACAAGGACUGGGCCUGGGGCCAAAACGGCAUCCCCUUCACGCUCGGCCAGGCAUCCCAGAACCCAGGUGGCAUCACCGUCACACUGCUUGGGGCUGUGUCUAGCACCCAUGGCAACUCGAUGGGCAACCGCGUCCUCAUGCCCAGAGUCGUCUGCACGGGCACCGCAUGCACGGUCGACGCGCCGCCCAACGCACACGUCUGCCCGCCCGGCUGGUACCAGUUCUUCGUCCUCGACGGCGGCGUCCCGGCCAUUGGUGUCUAUGUCCGCAUCGGCGGCGACCCGGCGUCCCUGGGCAACUGGCCUAACAACCUCCCCGACUUCUCCACGCCAGGCAUUUAAGUACCUCUACCCUCCAGCCAGUUCUACUUCUCUUUCUUAUAUACGACGUUCCCUGUCUGGUGUUCGUGUCUCUCUCUCAACCCCCGGACCCCUGUCAAGGCGAGUUAAUUCGAUAAAAUAUAAUUCUUCUUCUCUUCUGAUUGUAUCGCCGCAACUCCUUGGGGGAAUGUUUCGGUAUAAUCCCUUUCAGCUAUUUGUAUUUUGUUGAUUAGUUGACAAAAAUCACUGGUCAUGUUUUGCAUCUACUUUUGCAUUUGCAAAUCUACUUUCCAGCACUUUUGUGUCACUCUAGCCCCGUUGGGUUUUCCAUGACUGGAUUCGUUUAAUGGGCAUGGUUAUACAUAUAUAUACCUAUCUAUAUCUAUACCUAUGUCUUCUGUGGAAGAGAAUUUACUUGCUUAGCUUUACCUUGCCUGCCUAGUAGGUAUUUAGUUACUCAUGAGGUGAAAAACAAGGAAAUGGAGAGAGUAUUUUGAUGAAAC